CCAGGCCCACGGACCGGCCGCCCUCCUGGAUGCUCCGGGGCCGCCGCCGCCGGGGACGGCCGCCGGCCGGGAUCGCGCGCUCCCGCUGCUCGGAGGCUGCACGGGGCCGCUGGAGUGAAGCUGCUGCGGGGAACGGGAGCACCGAGGGAACGAGCUCGGCUGCCCUGCAGCCGCCGCCGCACCCUGCCCUCCGCGGGCGCGGCUCGUCCUUCUUGUCCCCCCUCGGCACGGACUAGAGGCGGCGGCGUGGGAUGCAAGGGGGGUCCUGAGCGGAACUACGGAAGACUUUUUCUUGGAGCUGCUGCUGCUCAAGUCUCAGAUCCCGACUGUGAACAGGUCACCCUAAAGAAUGGCCGAGCCUUCUGGGAACGAGCUGGCGACCGCGGCUGCCAAAGGGGACCUAGUGCAACUUACUAAUUUGUUGCAAAAGAAUGUAAACGUCAAUGCACAAAAUGGAUUUGGGAGGACUGCGCUGCAGGUGAUGAAACUCGGGAACCCCGAAAUUGCCAGGAGGUUGUUAAUGAGUGGUGCCAACCCCAAUCUGAAAGACAGAACUGGCUUCGCUGUAAUUCAUGAUGUAGCCAGAGAGGGUUUUCUGGACACUUUGCAGACUCUGCUGGAGUUUCAGGCCGAUGUUAACGUUGAGGAUAACGAGGGCAACCUGCCCCUGCAUUUAGCGGCCCGGGAGGGGCAUGUGCGGGUGGUGGAAUGCCUGCUGGCACAUGCCGGGUGCAAGGUGGGCCACCAGAACAAGCGGGGGGCCACUGCCUAUGACCUGGCCAAGCUCUACAAGAGAUCUGCUGUGGUGAAGCUCUUGGAAGACAGCAGCUUCUUCCCUGGACCUAUGGAUUGAAUCCAGCUUGGAUGGGCUCUCCUUUGGACACUGGGGCUUUCAGCCUCCUUUGUUGAUUUUUUUGUUGUUGGGGUGUUUUUUGUUCGUUUGUUUUUUUUCUUUCCCCCCUCCUUUUUAAUAACAUUUGCUGCAACCUUUCUUCUAUUAUUAUUUUUCUUUGAACAUCUGAUAGUGUAAGUCUCCGAAAAAUUCUAGAGGUGGGUUUUUAGAUAAUGGAAAUGUUUUAAAUCCACACUCCCAGCCAUUCCUUACACCUACCAUUUACACAGUACUCACAGACUCAGCCAUGUGUGUGUUGGUUGCUCAUACCUAGCUUUCCAGUAUCAAGUUUUACAAUAUAUCUUAGGUCAUUUGUACUAAGUCAUUAAUACAUAUUCACUUGCUUAAUAUUGCUGAACUUUUAAGACAAGAAAGCAGCUUACUGUGAUUUCUCCCACCUCUCGAUGCAACACACACUUUGGUCAGGCUCAAGAGUUUCAAGUCCGAUUUUGGAUUAAAACAGACCUUUUUUUUUUUCU